CCCUGCGCCACCGCCGCCCCGCAGGAGAAGGCGGAAGUGUCGGCGUGCGGGGAGCGCUCCGCAUCAUGUCCCUUGUCCUUCCUGCCAGCUACACUGGGAGAGCAGAAAGGGCUUCCAUGUAGCACUUGAGGAGCUACUAUGAGUUUGCUCUAUGGUGGUAACAGCUGUGGAGCUCCAGAGGUGGAAAGUGGCUGCUGUAGAGCCAUGGCCAGUGCCUGCAGUGGAGGAGCUAAGGAAGACAGUGUUAGCAGUGGGACUGGGAACCUGCCAAGUUCUUUCACAGAGGAAACACAAGGAUAUGAUGUAGAGUUUGAUCCUCCCUUGGAAAGUAAAUAUGAGUGUCCCAUCUGCUUGAUGGCUCUUCGGGAAGCAGUGCAGACACCGUGUGGACACCGCUUCUGCAAAGCCUGCAUUGUCAAAUCCAUAAGAGAUGCAGGUCACAAGUGUCCAGUAGACAAUGAAAUUCUUCUCGAAAAUCAACUUUUUCCUGAUAACUUUGCUAAACGAGAAAUCCUUUCAUUAAUGGUUAAAUGUCCCAACAAGGGCUGCAGCAUGAAGAUGGAGCUGAGGCAUUUAGAGGACCACCAGCUGCAGUGUGAUUUUUCCCCUGUGGAAUGUCCACAGUGCCAAGGAGCCUUCCAGAAGAAUCACCUGAAAGAGCACAUGACACAGGAGUGCCCCAGGCGCCAAGUCUGCUGUCCCAACUGUGCCACAUCUAUGGCCUAUGAAGAUAAAGAGCUUCAUGACCAAACCUGCCCACUCGCCAAUGUAUUUUGUGAAUACUGCAACACAGUUCUCAUCAGAGAACAGAUGCCUAACCAUUAUGACAAUGAUUGUCCUACUGCCCCAGUGCCAUGUUUUUACAGUUCCUUUGGGUGUCCUGAAAAGAUGCAAAGGAACGAACUGGCACGGCACAUGCAGGAGUUCACUCAGGUCCACAUGAGAAUGAUGGCUCAGAGCUUCCAGAACAUCAGUGUGACUGCCACAAACCCUGUGCCUUUCCUCAACGGACUGCCCUUUGAGCCCGCCCUCUUCUCACACGUCUCACACGCAGCCUACGACUGCAACCCGGAGGUGGAGAACUUCAAGGAGACAAUUCAGCAGCUGGAGGGGCGCCUGGUGAGGCAGGACCAUCAGAUCAGGGAACUCAUAGCUAAAAUGGAAACCCAGAACACUCAGAUGGCGGAGCUCAAACGCACCAUCCGGAGCCUGGAGGGGAAGGUGACGGAGAUGGAGGCCCAGCAGUGCAACGGGAUUUACAUCUGGAAGAUCGAGAACUUCAGCGGGUUGCAGAAGGCCCAGGAGGAGGAGAGACCCGUCGUGAUGCACAGCCCCGGGUUCUACACGGGGAAGCCCGGCUACAAGCUGUGCCUGAGGCUGCACAUCCAGCUGCCCAGCGCCCAGCGCUGCGCCAACUUCAUCUCCCUCUUCGUGCACACCAUGCAGGGGGAGUACGACAGCCACCUGCCGUGGCCCUUCCAGGGCACCAUCCGCCUCUCCAUCCUUGACCAGUCCGAGGGCCCAGAAAGGCAGAACCACGAGGAGGUGAUGGAGGCCAAGCCAGAGCUGCUGGCCUUCCAGAGACCCACCAUCCACCGCAACCCCAAGGGCUUUGGCUACGUCACCUUCAUGCACCUGCAGGCCCUGAAGCAGAGACUUUUCAUCAAAGACGACACCCUCCUGGUGCGCUGCGAGGUCCUCACGCGCCUCGACCUCAACGCCCUGCGCAGGGAGGGGUUCCAGCCCCGCAGUGCUGAUGGGCCCUGAACACAGGGAUGGGGACACUGCUCCUGUUCCUCCAACACGGGUGACAAACGUGUGUGACCAUCCCUAUAAGCUGUGUGUGUAAAAAUAAAAGAGUUGCCAACGCAGCUGGUUUUCACCUGAGGAGACUGUUGAUGUUGCUGGUAGACAUAUUCUUUCUUUCUGAGGUCAUCUGCUCAUCUAUUUGGUAUUGUUCUCUUCAAGUAAUAAGAUACUUCUCUAGCAAGUGAAUUAAGGGCUGUUAAUUUAACUGCAUACAUGAAAAUCCUAUCAAAGUACCUGAACACCUCAGUGUGUUAAUUGGCACAGCAGGAAAGACCUGUAACUCUUUUCACCUCAGUGCCUUGGAAUAGAUGAUGUAGCAGAGAAAUAGCUAAGUUCAUAAAUAUGGAGGGGGUGUUUGUUUUUCAUGGAGCUCAGGAAAAUGGAGGCAGUUUCUUUAUUGCCUUAGCUGGAAUUCUGAAUUGGGUAUGCUUCUCUUGAAAUCUGGAGUCAGGUUAAGAUUUUGCUCACAUUACCUUAUGUUGAGGCUUUGACCCUUUUCCCCUGUGGAGUUAGCUUCAGGAAGUUGCAUCUCAAUGUAGAGUUGAUCCUUGUAUUUCUGGAAGACAUGGUAGUGUUGUGGAGAGGGCUGAAUUAGUCUGAGUUCACUGAAGAAAUAGUUUGUAAUGUGGUCUGAAACUGCUUCCCCUGGCUUUAUCUUGAUAAACCUUUCUGUGUGUGAUGUCAGUCACCAUCACCAGAGAGAUGAAAAUGUCGCAUUUGGAUGAGAGACCUUUUUGCUGGUGGGAUCUUUUUCCAGCACUGGACUUUUUUUCAGGUUGCCAGUGAGUACCUGUGAAAAUCUGUGUGCUAAGUAGGAACAGUGAUGCAGAAUUUGUUUUACUGUUGCUGACACCUGAACUUGUACCAAAACUGAACUUGUGCCCUGCAACUGCUCGAGUGAUCUCUUGGUGUUCUGGGUGACAUAAGAGCUCUGUUGUCUGCUGUGAUUUCUCAGUGGAGAGCUGCCUGUCCCAGCAGAGAAGAGGAGCUGGGCUCCCCUCAGCACUUUGGAGGGGAAGAAAAGCUCAUUAAUGGCACAGGGUGAGGAGGAAUUGCAGUCCUAUUUGCUCUUAGCAGAAAAGCUCUGGCUUCUGGAGUGGCUGAUGCACCAAACACUAGAUUCACCAUGUCAGCAAUUCAUAAGCUUCCUGAUGUUGCAUGUAUUACUGUUCCCUGUACUGACUGUAUGCUGUAUCAGUGCUUAUUUUGACCAGUAGAAACUGAGCAGUCCAAGUUCACUGGUGCUAAAACUUUCAACCUAUCAUGGUGCUGGUAAAGUUCUGACUCUUGUCUUUAAAAGGAAGGAAGAAAAGUUUUGUUCACCAUGUAAGUUAUGUACACUCUGAUAUUGAAGAAAGAACUAAGCCAUGCACAAGUGUAUGUGUAUUAUUUCUCCAAACUACUAAACCAACCUAGAUGUAAGACACUGCAGCUUAAGUUAAUACUAUUUAGCCUCAUCAGAGCAGCCCCAUGGGAUCAUCCAUGAGGAAGGAGCACAAGCUUAAUCUGUAUGUCUAAUGAAAGAUUGCUACAAUGAACUGAUUUGGGAGGGUACUCUGCCUGCCUGCAUCAGAUUAAAAUUACCACUUGGGAAUAGUAAAAUACAAACCCAACAGAGCAGCAGCAGUAAACAGAGCACUCGUUGCUGUGGCUGCUAGAGUAUUAUACACACAGACAGUACCCUUCUGUUUAGUACUGGUUUGUGUGAGGAUACCAUGUCCAGCUGAAUUACUUCAAACCUGCCACCAAACUGAGUGUCCUCCCAAGACAGAAGUGUAUCAGAUCUUAGCAAAUUACUGUAAUGCCAGAGUUUACAUGAGAGACUUUCAGAGCUAAUUUCCAAUGGGUCACUUUAAAUCUAUCACAAAAAUUUUAAAUGUUAAUGAAAAAAAUGUUAAUUCAACAGUUUGUUUCAGAGCUUUCUUUACCAAUAAGAAUGUCAUCUUCAGCUAAGGGGAGAACUGCUGAGUACACAGUUACUAUUUCAAUGUGUAGUAUUGCUGACUAUUAUUCAAACUUUUCUAAGGUUAGCAAAACAGAUUCAGUUACUAUGUGAAAUUAUAAUUUCAAUGAAACAGCAUCUUUUCCUUUUACUCCAAAUCUCAUCUUUUCAUUUGAGCAAUCAUUUUACCAUGGUGGAUUGAGGUAUAACUCUAGAACAGCUUAAAUACAGGCAGUAAGGUAUGCAGGGAGUUAGAGGUGCCUCUAAAGCAAAUGCCAAGAAAUACAGGGAUUUAAUCAGGUGCCUGUGUAAUUUCUUCAGAAAUGGGGUUCUUUAGUUCUGUAACUCUUGAUGCUUUGCCCCAUUACUGGGUCUCAAGGUGGUUAAGAAAAAUGGCUUAGCUUUUAUCUUCCAAAUUUCUGUUGUCUUUGAAUGUGUUCUAAGUCAGUGUUCUAAGUCAGCCCUUAGUAUCUGUAUUUGCAGAGUUGCUAUGGCACAAAUUUUCCAGUUAUAAUGUAUUGCAAAUGUGUUUUAUUUUUGCUUCUAAAUCUUCCCCUGCAGGGCAGGGCAAAGUUAUUUCACUCAUAAUGUUGGUAUGUAAUGUAUAUGGGGAGCUCAGAUAACGUAAGAUGUAUUGACUUGUUUUUUAAGUGGUCUCAUGAUCUGCCUGGUCAGGUUUGCUAUCAAGGGAUUAAACUUGCUAAUGACAGAACCAAAAAAACCCAGGGUGGCCUUUCAGUUCUUACUUAGAGAAGCUUUCAUGUCAGAUACACUGAUGGUGGAUGCAAAAGAUUAUUCUGGGGUCAGUCUUAAAGGUUUAUAUUGAUCUGUGCUUCACCAGAAUGGAAGUACUCCUGUUCCCUUGCAGGUAUCAAUAGAUUGUUUAAUAUAUUUUGUAAAUAAUGCACAGCUAUAUUUCUGACAGGAUUUAAAAAAAUAAAUAAAUUAAACU